AUGGCCCCCAAAACGCACAUGUGGAUUACCCUAUGGUUUCUUCUGACUGCUCCAGUUAUUUUUUGGGACGCAGGAUAUUGCUUCAUGCGUCCAAGGUCAUUUAAUGGCGGAGACCUGCACUGGAUCUGGAAGCCGUAUGCAUUGUACCAAGACAUUGAUCUAGUUUACGGUGUUGAAGCGUAUAAUCGUGGUGAUGGAUUUGCCAGCGCCCAAUCAUUCUUGAAUGUCAUUGAGACUUUCUUCAAUCUCUAUUAUGUUUAUGCGCAACAUAUCCUUGCCUCUCCUGCAGCACCACUCAUUGGAUUUGCGUCCGCUGUCAUGACACUGAGCAAGACAGUCCUCUAUUGGGCCCAAGAAUACUACUGUGGAGGAUGUGCAAUUGGUCACAAUGACUUGAAGACAUUGUUCUGGUUGUGGAUUGUUCCGAAUGGGCUUUGGUUGCUUGUGCCGACACUCAUCAUUAGGAGUUUGUACCGCGACAUAGCUUCCGGGCUCAAGACUGCAAACAAGGUCAAUAUCGCAAAGAAGAAUUAA